GUGCAGAAAGUUUUCUUCCAUUCCAUCGCGCCCCUCGUGACGGAUCUGCGACAGUUCUACACGCAGCCGGAGGACGGCGCGGUGGCCGGGUGCUUUGACGUGCAUGCCUAUGUCCACAGCCGGGAACCGGAGGCACAGAUCUUUGCACGGGCGCUGUCUCAGACUGUGGCAUUUCGGGAGCUUCUUCAGGAGACUAUGGGCUUGGCUACCGGCGAUUCUGUGCUGGAGAAGGCUUUAGUCCAGGAACAACUUCAGCCAUCACUGCCUGUCGAAGGCACUGCCGCAGCGCCGGGAAGGGCCGCCACCGACCAUCCCACGGAUUCAUUCCAGUCUGUGCAGCGCUCCAGCUUCGCCAGUUGCCCCCCCGACCUGCCAGAGGACACGCCGAGUCUGACAGGUCAAGCAUCGCUUUAUCGUGGCCAAGGAGGGCGUGGUGGUGCUCCGCCGCUUGAGUUGCAGCUUUCUUUCGCGCCCGAAGGUCCUGAGGCCGAGGAGUGGAACGGCGUGGCCGCGGCAAGCUCCAGGACGCAUGUGGCCACCUGGCAGAGGGCCACUGGCCUCGCCGGGGGCAAGGGCAUCGAGUUUCAAGGCCAGUCUGCAGCAGCACCUUGCUCUUCGUGUGUGGACGCCUUCGUCACGGCAUUCAAGUCGCAAGCGCAGUUGGUCAGCGAGUCGGGACAAGGCCGCAGCUGCUCCUGGGCCCCGAAACUGCUGUCAGCUUUCGCCACAUCGGAGGCUUCAGCGAGGUUGCCCAAGCAGCAGAGAGAGAUGCUUGAGCACUUUCUGGAGGGGUGCGCUGCUGGUGCGGGUGGCUGUACUUCGGCACCACGAUCCGCGUCUGCAGCUGCGGUUGUGAAGCAGCCUGUGCUCUACCCGUGCCUUCGGCACGAUGCUAUGGGAUCCGGCGCGAGCGGCGGCCUAGCAGACAGCUACAAGCGCUACCUCUACGCCUCAGCAGCCCGAAGGGCAGAGGAGAUGCUGCGGGAGGAGUGGCUGGCCCGAAUCAUGAGAGAUGGCUGCUCCCUGGAGGAUGCACCGACCGAUCUGAGAGGGGACCGGAACUUUGUGCUGGAGGCUGUGCACAGGACGAGGGCCUCCUGGCUGGGGAAGCUCGCUUCGAAGAGCCUCCAGGUCGACAAAGGCUUCCUUUCCGAGUGCAGCCGGCUUGCUGGCUCUGGUCUCAUCUUCACCUACUACAGCAGCCCUACAUGCUUCCCGAACAUGAGGGUGCGCUUCCAGACAUCUGGGGCCUCCAUUCCUGGGGGCCAGGCCUACGAUCAGGUCAGCAAGAACAUGAGGAGGGAGAGCGGAGACAAAGGUAUCUCGACGGUGUGGUUUGGGGAUGAACUGGUGUGGGGACACGCCGCCGAUCUCGGAGAUUGGGUGCACCCAAACCAUGACUGUGGCCGAGACAAGGUUCCCGUGCCAAACUUGUCGGAGCAGGACGAGAAGUGGAGAUCUAUGGUGGAGUCCCGCACGAAAAUCUGCUAUCCGGAAGUUGGCCAAAGCUAUGUUUGCUGGUGCUGCCGCUGGCUGCGCUUGGUAAGGGAACGCCAGCAGGAGGGCAAGGUGAUGUGCUGCGCAGUUUCCAACAUCUUCAAACCGGACUGGGUAACACUUUAUGGCGCCGCGUCCUCCGAGGUGUCAGAUGCCACGGCAGAUGAGCUCGGGCUGCCUCGGGAGAGCUUCCGGAGCGGCAAGCCGGAUGGCUGGGGCGAAUCGGAGAUCCUGAUCGCCGGGCACGCCUUUCAGCGCAAGGCCCCCAUCCACCCACGGUCGAUGUGCAACGUGCUCCCCUCGUGCUUUGCUCGUGGAAGGGAGAUGGAAGCCGUGACGCAGCGUCUCGGAGAACUGGAAUCGGACAGGGAGCUGUUGGCUGAGUUCGAGGAGGUCGAGGCGGUGGAGAUGCCCGUCCUCAAUAUGCUCAAUCGGUGUUUGAAGACACCUCGGCACCCGUGCCUGGUGGCUAUAGACCUGCUUCGACGAGCAUUCAUGUGCUUGCAAGCUGUGCAAACGGAAGACUUGCAAAGGGAGGGGGUACGACAUGCCGGCACAGAGGGGGGCUGCAAGCGGGUGCGCUUCUCUCGCACUGCCACGAGCAUCAGCGUUGCACCUUCAGAGGAGAGCUUCCCAGAGCAUCUGUCUCCUUUGAGAGGAGGGCGGAGACCCCGUCGCAGCGCCACCUUGGCCUCCCUGUCGGUAAGCCCUUCCCUGUCUUUGUCGGUGAGCCCUUCGCGAAGCUUUGGCACUCGUUCUCCUCUUGCGAUUUCACCAGAGAGGACCUCGGAGAGAUCACGGAAGCAGGGCCGCAACAGCGAUCCCAAUGUCCUGAGCUCUACAAGCCACCUGAGCCCCACUCGUCCGCGGGUCGAGGCAGGCGAGCCAUCCCCUUUGGUCGCCGAGUUGCGAAGACGUUUCG